CCUCCGCCGGGCGGGGCGGAGCCGAGCCAAGCCGAGCCACGCCGGGCGGAGCCGAAGCGUGCCGGGCCGUGCAUGGCCGUACCGGGCCGAGGCGACCCGCGCCGUGCCCGCCAUGGCCAUCGCGCACAUCGCCACCGAGUACGUCUUCUCCGACUUCUUGCUGAAGGAGCCGCCGGAGACGCGGUACAAAGGGCUGCGGCUGGAGCUGGCGCUGGAUAAGAUCGUCACCUGCAUCGCCGUGGGGCUGCCGCUGCUCCUCAUCUCCCUCGCCUUCGCCCAGGAGAUCUCCAUCGGUGCUCAGAUAAGCUGCUUUGCACCCAGCUCCUUCUCCUGGCGACAGGCUGCUUAUGUGGACUCCUACUGCUGGGCAGCUGUGCAGCAGAAGCAACCAUCCCAGAACAACUUAGAAAACAUCCCUCUGUGGCUGCAUAAAUUCUUCCCAUACAUCCUUCUGCUCGUCGCUAUCCUGCUGUAUCUCCCAUGUUUGUUCUGGCGCUUCACUGCAGCACCUCACCUUUCUUCAGACCUCAAAUUCAUUAUGGAAGAACUUGACAAAGCCUAUAACAGGGCAAUCAAAGCUGCUAAUAGCAUCCGCAGCGGAGACCCCAGGGACCCUGCUGACUUGGUUCCAGCUGUUAAUGAGAACUUAACACAGAGUUUGUGGGAAAUAUCCGAAAGCCACUUUAAAUACCCGAUUGUGGAGCAGUACCUGAAAACAAAGAAGAAUUCCAAAUGCUUAAUAAUUAAAUACAUUACCUGCCGUUUACUCACGCUAAUAAUUAUCUUCAUUGCAUGCCUCUACCUGGGCUAUUACAUUAGCCUGUCCUCUUUGAGUGAUGAGUUCCUCUGCACUAUCAAAACUGGGAUCUUAAAGAAUGACACAGCUGUUCCAGACGUGGUUCAGUGCAAGCUUAUUGCUGUCGGUGUCUUCAAGGUACUCAGCUAUAUUAACCUGAUAAUCUACCUUCUAGUGAUGCCACUGGUAGUGUAUGCAAUGUUUGUUCCGUGGAGGUGGAAUUCAGGCAUUCUCAAAGUGUAUGAAAUCCUGCCAACUUUCGAUGUUCUGAAGCUGAAGUCAAAGUGUUUCGAUGACUUAAGCCUUUACCUCCUCUUUCUUGAGGAGAAUGUGAGCGAACUUAAAUCAUUUAAAUGCCUCAAAGUGCUGGAGAACAUUGCAGUUUCGGAGAAGUUUGAUGUCAUGCAACUUUUGGUAAACCUCGGCACUAUUAAGACAGAUACCAUAGAUGGGAAGCCAGGGACAGCCGUGUUGGAGAAGCCUGAAGAAACAGCUACAGAAGAGCUGGGAAAAAAUGCAACAGAGCUACAAGUUUUGACAGACCAUGAUGCAAGUGCAAACACCAGUCCCAGGGAAGGUAAAAAGCUUCGCCAAAGACUCUUAGACUCUUCAUGCUGACUCUUCCCCACCGCAGCAGGCAGGAGCUCCAUGCUGCAGGAGUGCUUGUCCUCCACCUGCGCUGUGCUGAACACAAGGUGCUGCUCUUUGGAUGCAGCCCUCUCCAUGGCCUCACAGUUCCACAGGGGCCAAACUGGUUUACAGACUACUUACGUAAUAAUCAGCAAUCACGCACCUGAAAAAGCAUGGUGUGGACUUUCACUGCUUAUUGAAAGAAACCAGCCACGAAACACACAAC